UUAAUUAAAUCAAUAUAACAAUAGUAUGGAUGAUUCUGAAUCUUGUGCAAGUGUUGGAAGCCAAGUGUAAUUAGCCUGUUAGGCUACAGUGUAUAUAUCGACAUUAAUGUUGAUAUUGUAGUUAAUGUAGAGAAAAAACCAGCGUGUAAAUAUUAUAAAACAGUUUGCUCUGUUUUAGAGACGUGUCGCUGUUAAUAUAUCCGACAGCUUCAUUAUUUGCCAUGGCAUCUCACCUCAUCUUCUUGGCUUUACUUACUCUGUCUCCGUGUUAUGGCUUGAGUGUUGGCACCAAGAAACUUUUACAAAACUUUGGAGAAAACCUAUUUAAGGAACUAAAUCAAUUUGAUGUAUUUCCUGAAGAAGACAGCCAAGAUAUAAAUGUGCGCCACAAUCUGGUAUCUCUUGUCAACAGUCGUCAUCGUAGGGCUUCCAGUGAUUCACGACCAAUCCAACAGGACAUAACUACCUCAAAAAAUACUCUAGUUUUAGAAGAUAUUAAACCUAAACUUCCAUCAAAUUCUGACUUAUCGGGCCAGAUUGAUGUUGUGGAGAACAAUGCUUUGUCUGUGGGUGAAGUUAAAGGUACAGCUCCAGCUGAAAAAGUUGAUCCUCUUUCAACUAUUUACUUAAAAGACAGUGUUCAACAGAAUCUAGAAACUCCUGUAAAGACUCAUCAGUAUGUUUCUGAGGAAAAAGAUCAGAAUGUUUAUAACAACUUUAAAAAAUUAUCCGACCAAAACAAAUUGGCUGAUCUUCAACAGCAGCAAUUAAGAGACCAGCAAAAUUUAGUCUUUCAACAAGUACCAAGCCAGAACGGUCUGGAUGUUAAUUUGCAACAAAAGCUUCUUCCGCAGAACUCUGAAGGUGUUGCUUCUCAGCAUAAAGCAUCUGGUAAUCAAAUUGUUCAACAGAAUGUACAAGUGCAGAAUGGUUUUCAGCCUGGCGCUCAGAAUGAAGUAUUAGACCAGAAGAACAUAAGACAACUGAAGCAGAAUAAGCUGGAACCAGUUCCUCAACAAGGAGUUCCUCUUCAGGACAAUGAAGUUACUGCUCCCCAACAAAAUGAAGAAAAUAUUCUUAAUCCAAAAAAUUUCCUCCAGAAAAAUGUUCCUGUUGUCCAGCAGCCAGGAAAUUCUGUUAUUCAACAAAAAGCAAUGAAUAUGGAUACUGUAACUGUUAGUCCACCAGAGAAGAAUGCAGUCAAUAAUGGUGAUAAUGUUGUUAAAAUUCCUGUAGAAGCUAUGAUUGACCAAAAGGCUCCACUAAACCAAAACAUUGCAUCAAUCAAUAACAUUGCUCCUAAUUCAUCUAACCAGUUGAAUGUCAGUUUUCCACAUAUUUUAGCUGAAGGAAACAAAGAAGCAAAGGUCAAUAACGGGAAAGAUGUUGCUGAGCAAUCACCGUCUGGUUCCCUUCUUCGUGAUAGCUUAUUGAUUGAGAAUUCAAAACAAAACAAAUUAGAAAAACUGGCACAUGAUAAUCUUGCUGAAGCUCAGCAGUUUCCUGAAGCAGGGAAUUCUAUCUUGAAAGAAAACAACAUUGGUCAGAAUGUUCCAUCCCAAGUUGGUUCUGACAGUAUCAGACUGGUUUCUGUUUCAAAGAUCCUCUCUAAAUCUUACCUUUUUACUCGACCUAUUUCACGUUUAGAACAUUAUCCACAAAACUCACAAGAAUUUUCUGACCAUAAAAAAGCAGAUGACAGUUGGUACUACAAUCAAGAUAUGGAAGGAAGCAUAGGCCAUGGUCUGACUGAAAAACAUGCAGGAAAACAAAUGCUGAUGAGUGCACACCACUUUGAUAUUUCAUUAGGAGCACUGGCUGGGGCCAAGAUGGCCGGCAAUAAUUUCUGGGAGAAGAAUCCUCACCGUUUUUUCAACAAAAAGAAUGAAUCUUUCGAACCAUUAAGUAUGGUAAUGUUUUACAGUUGGAUAGCUUUGGCUACACUGGCAGUCCUUGGAGUACUCACACUGUUCCGGCACAGGCACAGGGUUACUGGCUAUGUAUAUGACUUUCAUCUGAGACAUCGAGCUGGUCAUGUGGAGGAAGACAGACGCCUCUUGAAGAAUGCCUAUGCUUAGAAUUCAAGACUUUUUUUAAUUGUAGUCAAACCUUAUUUCUCUAUCAGCUUUCUCUUUCCUUUCCUUUCCCUCUUUUAUUCUUUUAUUUUUCCUUUCAGUAAUCCGUGCAUUUAUUCUUUUAGCAGUCUUUUAUCUGUGAUGUCAUUAUUGACCGAUGAUGAUGAUGAUGAUGAUGACGACGAUGAUGAUGACACUGUCUCUAGAGUGUUUAUGAAUCACUGAAACUUUCGUUUUCAUCUUUACUGUUUUGUUCAUAUGUGUGUGAUGUGAGUGUACACACGCAAGCACAUGCACACAUGCACACACACACACAUUGGGCUCAGGAG